AAAAAAAGAAAAGGAAAAGGACAGAAAAAGGUGGAGAGUUCCAGAUCCUUCCACCAUCCAAUAUCACCGUAAGAACCUCAUGCCCAUCCUACGGCCACGAUCGCAUCCCCACUCAAUCUCCACCGUCGAAACUUCCUCUGGUGCCCAUAUAUAAAUUCCCUUCACCCUCAAUUAGAAGCUGCCUUUUUCUGUUUAUUCACCUCUCUGCUAUCAGGAAAUCGGCAAUCUGUCCGUUGAGUUGAGUUCGACUUUUCUCAAUCCGAAUUAAGGCGGUCUUGAUUUUGGAAGUGACCGAUCGAAGAUGUUUGGGAGGGCACCGAAGAAAAGUGACAACACCAAGUACUAUGAGAUUCUCGGGGUCCCUAAGACGGCGUCACCGGAUGAUCUGAAGAAGGCAUACAAGAAAGCGGCUAUCAAGAAUCAUCCGGAUAAGGGCGGAGACCCUGAGAAGUUCAAGGAACUUGCUCAUGCUUAUGAGGUUUUGAGUGAUCCUGAAAAGCGAGAAAUCUAUGACCAGUAUGGGGAGGAUGCCCUCAAGGAAGGAAUGGGCGGGGGUGGCGGCGGCAUGCACGACCCUUUUGACAUAUUCUCAUCUUUCUUUGGCGGCAGCCCAUUUGGUGGUGGUGGCAGCAGUAGGGGGCGAAGACAAAGAAGGGGAGAGGAUGUUGUACACCCGUUGAAGGUCUCUCUUGAGGAUUUGUAUCUUGGGACAACCAAAAAGCUCUCGCUUUCGCGUAAUGUGAUUUGCAGCAAGUGCAGUGGCAAAGGGUCGAAAUCCGGGGCAUCUAUGAAGUGCUCAGGUUGCCAGGGGACUGGUAUGAAGGUCACUAUCAGGCAGCUCGGUCCAGGGAUGAUUCAGCAGAUGCAGCAUGCUUGCAAUGAGUGUAAAGGAACAGGUGAGACAAUCAACGAUAAGGACCGAUGCCCUCAAUGCAAGGGCGAAAAGGUUGUUCAGGAAAAAAAAGUGUUGGAAGUCCAUGUUGAGAAGGGCAUGCAGAAUGGACAAAAAAUAACAUUCCCUGGGGAAGCUGACGAGGCGCCUGAUACAGUUACCGGGGACAUAGUCUUUGUGCUACAGCAGAAAGAUCAUCCUAGAUUUAAGAGGAAGGGUGAUGACCUAUUUAUCGAGCAUUCCCUGUCCUUAACUGAGGCCUUAUGUGGGUUCCAGUUCAUUCUGUCCCAUCUGGAUGGACGACAGCUCCUCAUCAAAUCUCAGCCUGGAGAAGUUGUGAAGCCUGAUUCAUUCAAGGCCAUAAAUGACGAGGGAAUGCCCAUGUACGGGAGGCCAUUCAUGAAGGGCAAGCUGUACAUACACUUUAACAUUGAGUUCCCGGAGUCUCUGAGUCCCGAGCAAGUGGAUGGGUUGGCCAAGAUUCUUCCGGUAAGGCCUCAGUCAAAGGUGACGGACAUGGAGUUGGACGAGUGUGAGGAGACAACAUUGCACGAUGUGAACAUAGAGGAGGAGAUGAGGAGGAAGCAGGCCCAGCGCCAGGAAGCUUAUGACGAGGAUGACGAAGAUGGGCAUGGUGGUGGGGCCCAGCGGGUACAGUGUGCCCAACAGUGAGGAUGGAAUUGGGUUGGUUAGAAAAUGUGAUGCGAGAGAGAGAUUUGUCGUGAGCGUUUUAGUUUUCUGAUGUCUUGGUUUGCUGCUGGGGUGUGUUGUCUGAAUGAAUGUUUGGUGUUCUGUUGUGAGCUGAAUGAAGUACUACUAUUCUAUUUGGGAGCAAACAAAGUGGCUUUCUACAUGCUUUACAUGAAACUCCAUUGAUUACUUUUAACAUUUAACAUCAUUAUGUAUCGAUCGAUCUAUGUUUAGUGAGUUGAAAAAUUAUUACGGAAGGUGAACAUUUGUUGGAAUUGGAUAAACAUACUAAUUGCAAAAGGACAAUACCGAUACUUUUGGGAUGAGGGAAUGAUCUGAGAAGGAAUGAUCUGAGAAUGGA